UUGUCGGGGACAUUGUUUUCCUCAAGUGUGUAACGACUUCGCAUUAUGUCAAGAGGAGAUAGGCUAAUAAGCACAUAACACUUUUAUCGAGAAAAUCCGUCCAGCUCCAAGGGUAGGAUUGGGCGUCAUUUGUCAAAAUUGGCACUUGUCAGUCUUUUGGUUGAAGAAGAAAGGAGUUUUGUGGGACGUUAUGAAGAAACUAGGCUCCUUGGUGUCCAGUACCCUGGCUGGGAGUGACUGGUCAAUAUUCAAGCCACCUGAUCUUAAGGAGGAAGUGGAAAGGGACAUCAUGAAGAAACUAGGCUCCUUGGAGUCCAGUACACUGGCUGGGAGUGACUGGUCAAUAAAAGAACCACUUAACUUUAGGGAGGAAGUGGAAAGCAUCAAGUCCUGGGACUGGGUUUAUGCGCCAUCUGUGUCGACCUUUAGUGUGGCUGGGAGUGACUGUUCAAUAGACAAGCCACCUAACCUCAGGGGGGAAGUGGAAAGGGGCAUCAUGAAGAAACCAAGCUCCUUGGUGUCGAGUAUCGUGUCCAGGAGUGACUGGUCAAUAGACAAGCCACUUAACUUUAGGGAGGAAGUGGAAAGCAUCAAGUCUUGGGAUUCUGGUUAUGCACCAUCUGUUUCAUCCUCAGGGACCUCCUACUGUGGGACUCAUGUGAAGGACCACUACACAUCUCCAGACCUGGAGAGACACCAGCUACAGGACCUCACGCAUCAGGAGACCCUGGUGAACCAUCAAGAGACCUCCUCAACAUCAUUAAUCAGAAAAGGUCAAUCUCUGAGAAUCAUGUUGAUUGGAGCGACUGGAGUGGGAAAGAGUGCUGUGGGCAACAUCAUCCUGGGAAGAGAAGCAUUUCACUCAGAUAACUCAGUUACACAAGUAUAUGAAGGAGUGUGUAUGGUUAGUCUAAGACCAGUUAAAGUGAUUAACACACCUGGUAUUUUACAAACAGACAGAGAUGCAGAUGAUGUUAGAGUGAAAUGUAUGACAUACUCGUCACCAGGACCCCAUGUUAUCCUGCUGGUGAUUGCAGUGGGGAGGUUCAGUACGGAGGAACAGAAGGCGGUCAGAGCCCUACAGGAGCUCUUUGGGGAAAGAGCUGCAAAGUACAUGAUGAUCCUGUUCACUCACAGUGAUGAACUGCAUGGUCAGACUAUUGAUGAAUAUCUGCACUCUGCCCACCCCAAACUAAGGGGGAUUAUAAAGAGCUGUGAUGGACGAUACCAUGUGUUCAACAACAGGAGCAGAGACCACACACAAGUUGUGGAGCUGUUCAAGAAAAUAGAUGACAUGGUUAACAGAAAAGGGGGAGGUCACUUCACUGAGGAGAUGUACGAAGAGGUGAGGAUGCCCGAACUAAAGACGAUGGCACCCAUUCAUAAGAAGCUAGUCAUGGUUGGUGGUUAUGAAUGUGAGAAGAGAAGUUUGCUCAUACUUCUCACCAAAGGUGAAUUACCUGACGUGUAUAUCCCUUCUGUCUUUGAAAACUGUUCUACUGAUAUUGAAGUUGAUGGGAAACAGGUGGAGCUGACUCUGUGGGACACAGCAGGCCAGAAGGACUACGACAGACUGCGACCCCUGUCUUACCCCGGCACGGACGUCAUACUCAUGUGCUUCUCCAUAGAUAGCCAAAACAGUUUGAAGAGCAUUCCAGACAAGUGGGCUCCGGAGGUCAAACACUUCUGCCCGAACACUCCCAUCAUUCUGGUGGGCACCAACAAGGAUCGGCGCAAUGGUGACCACAUAUGUCAGGAACUAGCAAAGAGGAACCAGGAGCCUGUUAAAAAAGAGGAGGGUUGGGAUAUGGCCAUUCGCAUUAAUGCCUUUGGCUACAUGGAGUGCUCAGUCAAGACGAAGGAGGGCGUCACUGAGGUGUUUGAACUGGCCGCUAGGGCAGCGCUGCAAGGUGAGAAGCGCCACAGAAAGAACACCUGCCCCGUGUCAUAAAGGGCAAGAGGAUGCUGGGAAAGGGAGGAGAGGGGACAUAAACCAGGCCAACCAACAAAACAGAGGGGUGGCUAUUAGAAAAGGAGAGGAACGCAUGACCUGCUGAGGGACGGGGACAGAGACAUCGAAUCAGGCCAAAGGACCUAGCGAACUAAAAGAGACUUAGUAUCCACAAGGUCAACACGCUGUCUUUUGUAAGAUGGAAAGGUGACUAUGCUACGUAAAGAAAGUUGUGUAGCACACUAUACUACACUUGCAUCUGAAUACGAUGGUGCUGCUCAGUAUCCAUCACCUUUGUUCCCAGAAGAUGGAUUUAUUUUCUUUUUGUUUUGGGGGGUGAUGCCACUGGUUGAAUCUAUGGAACAAAAAACUAUGUAUUACUGCAUUGAAAUGAAACAAAUCCAAAUAAAAAUUAAAGU